AUGGUGAACCUAACUCCAGUUGGUAAUUUAGCAGAUGAACUUGAAAUCCUGCAAUUGAGCAAGUGGGCAGUUGAAGACCAGUUCAAAGCUUCAAAAACUCUUCCAAUCCACUUCAAUUGGACCCAUCCGAGUGACCACUUGUGGAAUGUGGGGGCGAAUGAUGGUGAAAAUGGUGACAUGGAGGUGGUGAAUAGCAGAUGGGUGAUGUGGUACUUGCUUGAUGAUGGUUUGUAG